UAUGUAUCCAUAUGUUUCCUGAACGUCUACUCUCUACCCUCGUGGUUUAUUGCUGUUUCAAUUGAGGAUACCGUUCGUUUUUGGCUUUCCACUCGUACUGACUUGUUUCUGUCUCGUCAUCUGAUAUAAUUCAUCGUGUCCUUUCACCUCUACUUUGCCAACUUCCUGUCCCAGCAGAUUGAAGUUCAAUCUCCAGUUUCUCACUCUUUCUCUGAUCUACAUCUCCAGCCAUGCCCGCCAACACAUGCGUCAAGCGCGCUCUCAGCGCCAUGGAAAAAGAUCCCUCUAAAAUACUAAAUGUCACCUACAACGGCAACACCAUCACACCCAAGCAAUACAUUCCCCGAUCAGAAGCUCAAACCACCCCCUCACUAUCCCUCCCAGCCCCCACCCCCACCCCCUCCACCACCUACCUCCUCAUCAUGCUCGACCUGGACGCGCCCUUCCCCUCCCUCCCCCUUCUCGGUCCCAUCCUCCACUGGAUCCAACCCGGCUACACCACCAACCCCACCGGUCUCCUCACCACCACCGAGCCCUUCAUCGCCAACUAUAUCGGUCCAGCUCCUCCUCCAGGAAGUGCACCGCAUCGAUACUCCUUCUACUUAUUCGAACAGCCGGAGGAUUUCAACGGUGGGAAAUAUGCACCCAGCGGAGGGAAACCGCUGAGUAAUUGGUAUCGAAUGCGCUUUGAUUUGGAUGGGUGGCAGAAGAUGGCUGGGCUGGGGGAACCGGUUGCUGUGAAUUAUUUUCUGAGUAAUUAG